CAGGAAGCGGAGGCAGGAGCAACGAGGUUUCUGGAAAGGUCUCUGUGUGGGGUUUUUUUCCCCCUUUAUUCCCCCCCCCCUUCUUCUUCCUCACUGAGAAUUCAGGGAUCGGAGUGAAGAGACAGCUGCAAAGCGUUGUGGUCAGGAAACCUGGACCCUGGUUGCCGGAGGAAGGGGCUUUGCCCGAUCCUGCUGGAUGGAUGCUGUGCUGUGAUUUGUCCCUCCCUUGCUAUCAGGUUUGGUGAGGCAUCCAGAUGAACAUGGCAUCCAGAUGAGUGAUGAUAAAACAAGGCCCCAUUUGAAUCCAUGAAAUGAGCUUCCCUUUCACGUCCUCUGUAAUUUGAAGAAAUAUGUGGUGAUGUGACUGGAAGCUAGAAACUUUUUUUAACUACCUUUUUUUGUGGGCCACAAUGCCCGGAAUCAACUGAAAGGAGAAACUCACCUGGUAUUAAAUAUGCGGCACUUUGAAUUCAUUUUGUCCUUAGAGGAAAAGAAGAUUUUUUUAGUCUAAAGCCAUUGUGUAUUCCACUCAAAUAAAUAUAUGGACAGAUCCAGUGGCUCUAUUUCAACACUGCCCAGAAAUAAAAAGGUCAUUCUUAUGCAAUAGGCUAAACGUAAUUUAAAUGUGCAGGAUGAAAAAAUGGCACAGGCACUGCUGGUACCACCAGGACCUGACAGCUUCCGCUAUUUUACGAGAGAAUCUCUUUCAGCUAUUGAAAAACGUUGUGCAGAGGAGAAAGCUAAAAAGCCCAAACAAGAUCAUCCAGAUGUCGAUGAUGAAAAUGGGCCAAAGCCAAAUAGUGACCUGGAAGCUGGAAAAACACUCCCAUUUAUAUAUGGAGACAUUCCUCCAGGGAUGGUGUCUGAACCAUUGGAGGACCUUGACCCAUACUAUAGCAAUAAAAAAACCUUCAUAGUAUUGAAUAAAGGGAAGGCGAUUUUCCGAUUCAGUGCCACAUCUGCCUUGUACCUGUUAACCCCGUUCAAUCCCCUCAGAAAAAUUGCCAUUAAAAUUUUGGUACACUCAUUAUUCAGCAUGCUUAUUAUGUGCACUAUUUUGACAAACUGUGUAUUUAUGACCAUGAGCAACCCUCCAGAUUGGACAAAGAAUGUAGAGUACACGUUCACUGGAAUUUAUACCUUUGAAUCCCUUAUAAAAAUUCUUGCAAGGGGCUUUUGUUUAGAAGGUUUCACUUUUCUUCGAGACCCAUGGAAUUGGCUCGAUUUCAGCGUUAUUUUGAUGGCGUAUGUAACAGAAUUUGUAAACCUAGGCAAUGUUUCAGCUCUUCGAACUUUCAGAGUAUUGAGAGCUUUGAAAACUAUUUCUGUAAUCCCAGGUAAGAAGUGGCGCGGUCUGGCAAAGUGGCCGGCCCCUUGUACCUCCGACUGUUUCUUGUGUGCUGUCAUUGUGUUUGUGUGUGAACUCCCCUAUUACAGAUAUGUGACAGAGUUUGUGGACCUGGGCAAUGUCUCAGCGUUGAGAACAUUCAGAGUUCUCCGGGCAUUGAAAACAAUAUCAGUCAUUCCAGGUCUGAAGACCAUAGUGGGAGCCCUCAUUCAGUCUGUAAAGAAGCUCUCGGAUGUCAUGAUCCUGACUGUUUUUUGCCUGAGUGUGUUUGCACUAAUAGGACUCCAACUUUUCAUGGGGAACCUGAGGCAUAAGUGCCUGAUUUGGCCACCAGCCAAUUUUACCUUUGAAAUAAACAUAACUUCCUAUUUCGGCAGCACAAUGGGAGAAAACGAUACCUUCAUUAACAAUACAGGGAGCACCUUUAACUGGGAUGAAUACAUCGAGGAUCCACGUAAUUUUUAUGUUUUGGAAGGACAAAGAGAUGCCCUUCUUUGUGGUAACAGCUCGGAUGCUGGCCAAUGUCCAGAAGGAUAUACAUGUGUAAAAGCUGGCAGAAACCCCAACUAUGGCUAUACAAGUUUUGAUACGUUCAGCUGGGCCUUCUUGUCACUCUUUCGCCUCAUGACUCAGGACUACUGGGAAAAUCUCUAUCAAUUGACUCUGCGUGCUGCUGGCAAAACGUACAUGAUCUUUUUUGUUCUGGUGAUUUUCCUGGGCUCCUUCUACCUGAUCAACUUGAUCUUGGCCGUUGUUGCCAUGGCCUACGAAGAACAGAAUCAAGCCACCAUGGAAGAAGCUGAGCAGAAAGAGGCUGAGUUUCAGCAGAUGCUGGAGCAGCUGAAAAAACAGCAAGAAGAAGCUCAGACAACAGCAGCUGUGGCAGCAGCCUCGGUGGCGUCAAGAGAUUUCAGCGGCGUGGGUGGACUGGGGGAGCUCUUAGAGAGUUCUUCAGAGGCAUCUAAAUUAAGCACGAAGAGUGCUAAAGAAAGAAGAAACAGAAGGAAGAAAAGACGGCAGAAGGAGCUGGCAGAAGCAGAGGAGAGGAGAGAAGUGGACACGUUCCCUAAAUCUGAAUCGGAGGACAGCAUCAGAAGGGGAGCGCGGUUGUCAUAUGACCAGAGGACUUCGACUCACCAGUCUUUGCUAAGUCUUCGUGGCUCUCUGUUUUCCCCAAGGCGCAACAGCAGAGCAAGUGUUUUCAGCUUCAGAGGGAGAGCCAAAGACGUAGGAUCAGAAAAUGAUUUUGCUGAUGAUGAGCACAGCACUCUGGAAGACAAUGAGAGCAGAAGAGAUUCUCUCUUUGUGCCAAACAGACACAACAGCGAGCGCCGCAACAGUAACACCAGCCAAGCAAGCCUGUCGUCAAAGAUGGUGCCACCUCUUCCAGCAAAUGGGAAAAUGCACAGUAGUGUGGAUUGCAAUGGCGUGGUUUCCUUGGUGGGAGGUCCUGCAGCACUCCCUUCUCCUACUGGACAGCUUCUCCCAGAGGGUACCACUACAGAGACGGAAAUAAGGAAAAGAAGAUUAAGCUCUUACCAGAUUUCUAUGGAACUGAUGGAAGAAUCUGCAGCGAGACAAAGAGCCAUGAGUAUAGCCAGCAUACUCACAAACACAAUGGAAGAACUUGAAGAAUCCAGACAGAAAUGUCCACCAUGCUGGUAUAGAUUUGCAAAUACGUUCUUGAUCUGGGAUUGCUGGAGCCCUUGGCUUAAAGUAAAACACGCAGUGAAUUUGAUAGUGAUGGAUCCAUUUGUUGAUCUUGCUAUUACCAUCUGCAUUGUUCUGAAUACCCUGUUUAUGGCCAUGGAACAUUAUCCAAUGACUCCCUACUUCAACCACGUGCUUUUGGUGGGAAACCUGGUCUUCACUGGGAUAUUCACAGCAGAAAUGGCCCUCAAAGUGAUAGCCAUGGAUCCUUACUAUUAUUUCCAAGAAGGGUGGAAUAUUUUCGAUGGCAUCAUUGUCAGCUUGAGUUUGAUGGAGCUGGGCCUUGCGAAUGUGGAAGGACUGUCAGUGCUAAGAUCCUUCAGACUGCUGCGGGUUUUCAAAUUAGCAAAAUCUUGGCCGACACUAAACAUGCUGAUCAAGAUUAUUGGCAACUCCGUGGGUGCCCUGGGGAACCUGACUUUGGUCCUGGCCAUUAUUGUCUUCAUUUUUGCCGUGGUUGGAAUGCAGCUGUUUGGCAAAAGCUACAAGGAGUGCGUCUGCAAGAUUGCAGAGGACUGUGAACUUCCACGCUGGCACAUGAAUGACUUUUUCCACUCUUUCUUGAUUGUGUUCCGAGUACUGUGUGGCGAAUGGAUAGAGACCAUGUGGGACUGUAUGGAGGUUGCAGGCCAGACUAUGUGCCUUAUUGUUUUCAUGCUGGUCAUGGUGAUUGGAAACUUAGUGGUACUGAACCUGUUCCUAGCUUUGCUGCUGAGCUCCUUUAGUUCAGAUAAUCUUGCUGCUACAGAUGAUGACAAUGAGAUGAACAACCUCCAGAUUGCUGUGGCAAGGAUUCAGAAGGGAAUAGAUUAUGUGAAGAAAAAAAUGCGAGAAGUUGUCCAAAAAAGUGUUUGUAGGAAGCAGAAAGCUAUUGAAGACAUCAAAGUGCUUGAAGAACUAAACCACAAGAGAGAUCUCUACAUUUCCAACCACACCAUGGUCGAAAUAACUAAGGAUGUUAAUUAUCUGAGAGAUGGGAACGGAACCACAAGUGGUGUAGGCACCGGCAGCAGUGUGGAAAAAUACAUCAUUGACGAAAAUGACUAUAUGUCAUUUAUAAAUAAUCCAGGCCUCACUGUGACAGUGCCUAUUGCAAUUGGAGAAUCAGAUUUUGAAAAUAUAAACACAGAAGAAUUUAGCAGUGAAUCUGACCUUGGAGAAAGCAAAGAGAAGCUAAAUGCAACCAGCUCCUCUGAAGGCAGCACAGUGGAUAUAGCCCCGCCUGGAGAGGGUGAACAGGCAGAGAUUGAACCUGAAGAGGCUCUUGAACCUGAGGCCUGUUUUACAGAAGGCUGCAUCAAGAAGUUUCCGUGUUGUCAAGUGAGUAUAGAAGAUGGCAAAGGAAAAAUCUGGUGGAAUUUUAGAAAAACCUGCUACAUCAUAGUAGAACACAACUGGUUUGAGACGUUCAUUGUAUUUAUGAUUCUCCUCAGCAGUGGUGCUCUGGCCUUUGAAGACAUAUACACUGAACAACGCAAGACCAUCAAGACGAUGUUGGAAUAUGCAGACAAGGUUUUCACAUACAUCUUCAUUCUGGAAAUGCUUCUGAAGUGGGUAGCUUAUGGCUUUCAGAUGUAUUUCACUAAUGCCUGGUGCUGGUUGGAUUUCCUUAUCGUGGAUGUUUCACUGGUUAGCUUGGUAGCCAAUGCUUUGGGCUAUUCUGAACUUGGUGCCAUUAAAUCUCUUCGAACACUGAGAGCUCUGAGGCCUUUAAGAGCCCUGUCACGAUUUGAAGGCAUGAGGGUGGUUGUUAAUGCUCUUGUUGGAGCAAUCCCUUCCAUCAUGAAUGUGCUUCUAGUUUGUCUAAUAUUCUGGCUGAUCUUCAGCAUCAUGGGUGUAAAUCUGUUUGCUGGCAAGUUCUACCAUUGUGUUAAUACUACGACGGGUGAAAUGUUUAAUAUCAGCGAGGUUGACAAUAAAACCCAGUGUGAUGAACUUACAAACAACAAUCAGGCUGCCCGGUGGAAAAAUGUGAAAGUAAACUUUGACAAUGUUGGAGCUGGUUAUCUCGCUUUGCUUCAAGUUGCUACAUUUAAAGGGUGGAUGGAUAUAAUGUAUGCAGCGGUUGAUUCACGGGAUGUAGAAGAUCAGCCAUACUAUGAGGACAACUUGUACAUGUAUCUUUAUUUUGUUAUCUUCAUUAUCUUUGGGUCAUUUUUUACCUUAAACCUUUUCAUUGGUGUGAUCAUAGAUAACUUCAAUCAGCAAAAAAAGAAGUUUGGAGGACAAGACAUCUUUAUGACAGAGGAACAGAAGAAAUAUUACAAUGCAAUGAAAAAAUUAGGCUCUAAAAAGCCACAAAAACCUAUACCUAGACCAGGGAACAAAUUCCAAGGCUUGGUCUUCGAUUUUGUUACAAAGCAGGCCUUUGACAUCAGCAUCAUGAUUCUUAUCUGCCUUAAUAUGGUCACCAUGAUGGUGGAAACAGAUGACCAAAGUAAAGAAAUGGAAACCAUUUUGUCCAGGAUUAACCUUGUCUUCAUUGUCCUUUUUACCGGCGAAUGUGUACUCAAGCUGAUAUCACUCCGUCAUUAUUAUUUCACCAUUGGCUGGAACAUUUUUGAUUUUGUAGUUGUCAUUCUCUCUAUUGUAGGCAUGUUCCUGGCAGAGAUCAUUGAGAAAUACUUUGUGUCACCCACCUUGUUCCGAGUGAUCCGCCUUGCCAGGAUAGGCCGGAUCCUGCGUCUGAUCAAGGGUGCUAAAGGGAUCCGCACCCUGCUUUUUGCCUUGAUGAUGUCCCUUCCUGCCUUGUUCAACAUUGGGCUCCUCCUUUUCCUGGUCAUGUUCAUCUACGCUAUCUUCGGAAUGUCCAAUUUUGCCUACGUGAAGAGAGAAGUUGGGAUAGAUGACAUGUUCAACUUUGAAACUUUUGGCAACAGCAUGCUCUGCCUCUUUCAAAUCACCACCUCCGCAGGCUGGGAUGGCUUGCUCGCCCCCAUUCUCAACAGUGGACCCCCAGACUGCGACCCUGAGAUAGACCACCCGGGGAGCUCGGUCAAGGGAGACUGCGGCAACCCUUCCGUUGGGAUCUUCUUCUUUGUCAGCUACAUCAUCAUUUCUUUCUUAGUCGUAGUAAAUAUGUAUAUUGCUGUUAUUCUGGAGAACUUCAGUGUUGCUACAGAAGAAAGCGCGGAACCUUUGAGUGAGGAUGACUUUGAGAUGUUCUAUGAGGUCUGGGAAAAAUUUGACCCAGAUGCAUCCCAGUUCAUAGAAUAUAGUAAACUCUCUGAUUUUGCUGCUUCCCUGGAUCCUCCCCUUCUGAUUCCAAAACCAAACCAUGUUCAGCUUAUUGCAAUGGAUCUGCCCAUGGUAAGCGGGGACAGAAUUCACUGCCUUGACAUCUUGUUUGCCUUUACAAAGCGCGUUUUGGGAGAUAGCGAAGAAAUGGAUUUACUCAGAGUUCAAAUGGAGGAUCGUUUCAUGGCAGCCAAUCCGUCAAAGGUCUCCUACGAGCCCAUUACCACUACGCUGAAACGAAAGCAGGAGGAGGUGUCUGCUACUAUCAUCCAGCGGGCAUUCAGGCGUUACCUCUUGAAACAAAAAGUUAAAAAAGUGACCUCUCUGUAUAAUAAAGAUAAAUGCAAAGACGGUGAUGCCUUGCCCAUCAAAGAUGUUAUUACGGAUAAGUUUAAUGGGAACUCCACUCCAGAGAAGACAGAUGAGAGCUCCUCCACCACUUCCCCGCCCUCCUAUGAUAGUGUUACAAAGCCAGACAAAGAAAAAUAUGAAAAGGGCAAAACAGACAGAGACUACAAAGGUAAAGAUAACAGGGUGAAUAAAAAGUGAAACAGACUGUUGGGUUUAUUUUCUGUGUGCAAAAUCUGUUUACAGCCUUUGAAAGGGGUGUAUUUGUCAGCAAGACUCCGAUGGGAGAUUCAUGCCAAACUGUCCGUUUUUACUUUAUAAAUAUAUUACAGGUUAUAUAUAUAUAAAUCUCUCUAAAGGUCAGUGCCUAUAAGAAGACAGUGACCCCUUGCCACCAGACUGUAAAGCCUACCGUUCUCAUUACAGCUGACGAUGUGAAAGAGAGAGAUGACGUGGCUGCUUAGAGUAAGGUGCGCAACACUCUAACCUGUGUGUUUAGUAUAUCGCAAGACACUUAGUUCAGUAAGUGUUUUCACUGUGUGUAUUUCAACUACCACAUUUGCCAUAUUUAUAUAUACACACACACACGCACACACACAGUGUAGGUGAAUUUAUCAUUUUUUAAAAACUCGCAGGGUAUUAUUAUAUGUGACUAUUUUUGUAAACGGGUUUUCUGUUGUGGUGGGAGGGAAGGGUUAGGGUGACCAGGACCAGCUGUUCUCCUCUCUGAUUCUAUAACCUACGGACAGAGAUGCAAUUUGCAUGAAGGCAUGCUGCACUUCUAGGUCAUGCAUGGAACCAAUGUGACAUCAUCUGGCAGAGUCUUUCACCACUUCCCGAUUUCAGGUUGGCCCUGUGUUGUUGUUUUUAAGCAAGCCUAUGCCUUCUAUUGGCCAGGGGCAGAUCCUCUUGUGCCUACAGUUUAUUUUAAGAAACCCCCAAAGCAUUAUUUUUUUAUGCCGAUCACUAAAUCCAAACAUAGACACAAAUACGCGCACGCGCACACAAGCACACAUACACACACAGUCUUAGUCCAAGAGAUAUGUCUAAAUCCUUUAACUAAGGUAGGACUGUCUUUGCACUGAACCAUCACGUGUCACAGGUCAACUCCCAGUAGCAGAGCAUCACAAUUACAGCAUGCCAUCUAGGAGUGAAGAGGAGCACACAAAGUGUCCCAUGCCAGAGGUGCCUGUUGAUUCAAGACAUUGGUCAAAUGGUUGAGGGAGAAGAAAAAAAGGACGUAAUUUAAAUUUGCCCAAACAAAGAGAAAAAGGGAAAAUGGGCAAAAAGGUAGAGUCUUCAAAGUAUAGUAUUACUUCGUCUUAAUGUACUGCAUAGUUAUCUGCUUUCAGUACAGUUCAUGCCUAUGUUCUAAAAAACAAGCAAGCAAGCAAACCCCCAUUGUUCUGUUGUGUGAUGUAAAUACUCAUUUUACAUAGUUGUACAUAUUUGAUCAUACAAAGAAACGGUCUGGCCACGGUGUGUUUCUGCAGAUCUGUGCCAUGCAGGCCUUGCUUGCAAGUUCUCAAGAGAUGAUACCUUGUAUUCUGUACCAUUAGAAGUAAUUUGGAAGGUGCUGGUACAUGUGAAUAUUGCCUUUGCUACUAUUGUAUCUUGCUCCUUCCACUAACCAGAGUUAUUUUCUAUAGGAAGUGGUGAAGUGAGUUCAUAUGGCCUCAUUUCUUCAUAUCACUGAGCAAUUGGUUGCAGAGGUCAGCCUUUUGAGGUUUCAAAUGGUUACUAUAUGGUGGAGACUAUAUGGGAUGGGGAUCAUAGGGCCCUCCGGGGUUGUUGGACUUCAACAUCCAUCAGCCAUAGCCAGCCUGGCCAGUCAGUGGUGAAGGAUGAUGGAAGCUGCAAUCCAAAAUCCUGUGAAGAGCUGUACUCUCUCCAUACCUGGUUUGAACAAAGACUGCGUUGGGAAUAUUGCAACCUCUUUAACCUGUUGACAAUGCGGUUAGCAUCCCUAUAAAUAAUGUAAAAAAGAAAAGGCAACAUCUAUGUACAUAAAACUAUGUUCAGAUUCAUGUAACUUUCUUUUCCACAGUCACUUUGUUUACUUUACAUUCACUAUAUCUUUCAACUGAGACCUCCACAAUACAAAAGAAAUAAUAAUAAAAAA